AUGUCAGACAAGGCGGACAUUCGCACCACCGUCGCAAAGUGGCUGGCCGCUUUAGAGUCGGGCCCCGAGUCGACCAGCGUCCCGAACCUCUUCUCCAAGACCUCUGCCCCAGCCAUCGACUUCUCGCCAGCUUCCAAAAAUGGCUCUGCGUCUGCCAGGGCGCCAAAUCCGCAAACUAAGCGGGAGAUCUUGCCCACCCAGAGUCUGAAGCCGUUGCAGGGAGCACGUAAAUCACCCGAAGAAGUGGCCGAUCGCGUGUGUCACAUCCUUGACGAGACAUAUCGGCUCGAACAACAACGACCGCUCUCCAGCCUUCCCGAGUGUGACUUGGAAACUCUUAACAAAGAGAUGGCCGAGGUCAACAGUCUUGUUCCAGAGGCCAUGAGUUUCGAGGAGCGUGACCCCGACAGCCUAAUAGACGCCAUGUUCAUCAUAGAUAUAAAGAAGAGCUUGAGAGACCGAGUCGCUCGUCUCCAAGCUAUCAUCGACAAAGUGACACAUGCAAAAGUCCGAAAGGUCAAUAUCCUCGACCUGCCAGAUAAUGUCUUGUCUAGAAUCUUCGAUCACGUCACUCGAGACGUCAAAUGCGACAAGCUCGCCUUUUACGCUGAGGAGCUUGCCCAUAACUUCAAAGGUUUCCAAGAAUAUCAGCGCGCACUCACACAAGUGAGCCUGAAGAUGCUGGAGCAAAGACUAGCGCAAUUGGAGGCGCGAAGCGAGCCGGAAGGGCUGCGGCAGACUACCCAGGGGCUGCUCGAUCAGCUGACCGUUGAUUCCAACGAGAUGGAGGCCGCCUAUUGGGGUUCUCGCAGGGCACGCGGGCCUUGCCACGAUUUCAUGGUUUCGGCGCACGCAGAGUACAAGCGUCGAUUCCUUGAGCAAAAGGAGUAA